AUGACUUUGCAGAACCAGCUGUGGUCCCCAGCCAUGUGCAUGCCCAUGGCCGAGAGCUCCCUCUACCGGCAACGGCUGGAAGUCAUCGCCGAGAAGCGGCGGCUGCAGGAGGAGAUCAGCACCGCGCGCCGGGAGCUGGACGAAGAGAGACUCCGCGUGGAGCGGCUCAAGAGGAAAUCUCUCCGUGAACGCUGGCUCAUGGAUGGCACGGCCACCCAGGACCCCGCCCCCCAAGACCCCCAGUCGCCAGAGGGUCAGGCUCAGGCACGCAUCCAGACGCUGGAAGACAGCUUGUUCACGCUCCAUUCUCAGCUGCAGCUGUUACAGAGUGCUUCCACAGGUGCCCAGCACAAGCCCUGGGGGAGACCCACCUGGCGCCGGCAGGGUCCCCGCCCUCUCUCCCAGCCAGCGAUGGAGAUGGAGACAGGCCUGGCAGGCCAGGCGACCGUGGACAGGAGGGCCUCCUUACCCCUGGAGCCUUUGGCCUCCCCAGAGGCCGUCGUGGCUGAGCCCAGGGAGGAGGCAGCUGAGGUUCAACCAGCGCCCACGCAGGUCCCAGAAGCCAACGGCCCCUGCCAGGCACCCAGCCUUGCAUCGGAGACAGAGCCCAGCCCGGCCAGGGCAGGGGUGGUGAGGGUGGUGUGGGAGGGGCUGAUAGCCACAGAGGACAGUGCCACGGAGGCCACGGGCGCCGAGCUGGAGGCGCAGGUGGAGCAGGUGGUGCGGGAGGCCAUGGCCGAGGGGCGGGAGCCCCGCAGCCCGGAACCGCCGGCCUGGGUGCGGCAGGACCAGGGCGCGGUGGAGGUGGUGUGGGAGGGCGUGGGGGGCGAGGGGUCGGGUGCGGCGCCCCAGGCAGGAGCCACUCGGGGCGGCUCGGCGGGAGAGGACGGGUCCUUCAUCUGGGUGGACAGGGUGACGCUGAGCGAGGACUGGGAGGAGCUGCUGAUGGAGGGGCUGGAGGGGCCCGGGGGCGGCGGGGCGGGGGAGGCCUGGGAGGAGGAGCGCAGGCGCGCGGGGGCUGGGCCGGAGGGGACCCCCUUGCACCCCGAGGAGCCAGCCCUGGGGGGCGGUGGCGCAGGGCGGGGCGGCCCCGAGGCCACGCCCUCGGAGGAGGAGGAGAGAGACGGGGCGGGGCUGAGAGAAGGGGCGGGGCCGUUGGAGGAGGGGUCGAGAGAAGGGGCGGAGCAACUGGGAGAGGAGCCUAUGGGAGGGGCGGGGCCAUUGGAGAAGGAGCUAGGAGGAGGGGCGGAGCAGCUGAAGGAGGAGCCAGGUGGAAGGGCGGAGCCACCGGGGGAGGAGCCAGACAGAGAGGAGGAGCUAAAGGGGGCGGAGCCAAACGAAGGGGCAGAACAACUGGGGGCGAGGACAAAAGGAAGAGAGGGACCCCUGGGAGAGGAGACAGAAGGGGAGGAUAAGGGAGGAGAGGAGGGGCCAAGGGGAGGGGCGGAGCUGCUGGGGGAGGAGCCAGAAGGAGGGGAGGAGCCAACAGAAGGGGCGUGGCCAGCAAGGGAGGAGCCUGCAGGGGAGGGGGCCGAUCUUGGGGAAGAGACCCUGGCGGAGGAGGGUGAUGGAAGGGAAGAGGGGCUGGAGGGGCUGGGGGAGGAAGCACCCCAAGGAGCUGCAGAGGAUCUGGAGGAUUCCAGGGGAGGAAGUCCUCCCCAGGCUGAGGAAGUGAGCGAGGCUGAGCCGCCCCUGCAGGUGCAGCCCCAGGAGGAGGAGCAGCCCCAGGAGGAGGAGCAGCCCCAGGAGGAGGUGCAGGAGGAGCAGGCGGCAAGGCCGACUGGCCGCCUUGCCCAGGCAGCCCCAGAGCAGCCCUCGGAGCGCCAGCCAUUGCUGCAGCAGGAAAGGCCCGGAGCCCACCCAGUACCCACCUACGCACCUGCCAGGCAGCCAGAGCCACCUGCCCCCCGCGAGGGCCAAGGGGCGGCCGGCCCGAAGCAGAAGACGUGCCAGUGUUGUGCAGUGAUGUGAGCCCGCGUCCCCCACCCCAUGCCAGCUCCUCUCUCAGCUACCUCGGCCUCUUGGCACCCAGCAGAGGGUCCCGGGCACAGCCAGGGCAGCGCGGGACUGGCCCGCACGUCUGCCCACGCCUGGCCUCCCAGCUCCCUCACGCACUGCCUGUGGCUCCCUGGCUCCCUUCUGUGACAAAACCUUCAUACUUGAAAACCUGACAGCACUCGGACAGAACUUGAAUGUGUGUGUCCUGUAGGUCU